AUGUCUAGCCCCCCCGCAGAUGGAAACGCUGUACAGGUCUUUUCAAAAUUAAUGGAAAAUAACGAUAAAUUUAACACCAGCGAAAUUAUAUGCAGUUCGAUUAACUGCGCUCCCCUAACGAACGACGCCAACGGGAAGAUACCCUUGACCGACUGCACAAAUGUAACGUAUUGCGGCGGGUGUCCCAUUUUGGGAACGUCAAGAGACCAGUGUAGCAACAUGAAAAGUUUUAACCCAGAAAAUAUCCUCGUAUCAUCGGGUUUCAUCGACUCUGCAAAUCUGAUUAGCCAAAAUAGCUUGGUAGGUGUGCCGUUUCUGUGGGACAAGGCGUUGUUCGACUUCUCCAAGUGCGUCCCUCACCUGAACAAAUUCGUGCAGGCAUCCAAGGAACUGCCCAAUGCAGAUAAAACUGAGGCGUACAAGCACCUGUUCAGGCUGGCCAACUUUCACAUAUACGGAACGAAGCUCGCAGAGGAUAAUGACGCGAACGGGUUGAACAUAUCCGUUAGGAUAAACAACGUCAACUCUGAUUCGUUAAAACCAAAUGAGCAAUUCCCGAAUGGAAAAAAUUCCCUUCCCACCUGCCCUUUGAAUGUGGCCAAUUUCAAAACGUUUAACAUUCACCAGACGCAGUCCUUCGCCUUUUACCAGUAA